AUGACUUGGAGAAGAGACAAAGUGGUGUUACAGGGGGUCCUCGUGUUACUCGUUUUCGGAGCCGUACUCGCUAAAAGAUGUCCUACCUCGAAGAACAUGAUGCUUCUACAAAAUAUCAAAGUCAAUUUCCACAUGAAUAGCAACCAUCAUGCUCCAAGCAUGCAGGACGAGACCCGAAUGCGUUCUCUGUCUCCAUGGAACUACAGUUUGAACGAGGAUCCCAACAGAUUCCCUGCGAUCAUUGCAGAGGCGAAAUGCAAUCAUGGUGGGUGCCUGGACUCGGAUGGUAAGGAGGACCUCAGCGUGGUGUCCGUUCCCAUCAAGCAAGAAGUCCUGGUCCUGAGGCGUCAUGUGGAGGAGUGCGAAAGUAGCUUCACCCUGGACAAGCAGAUGGUUACUGUCGGGUGCACUUGUAUCUGGCACCAAACGCAGGCGGCUACACGCGGGUUGGAGAGAGAAUCCGUUUCUCAAAUGAAAUAG